AUGGGAGGUCGGUUGUGUAUAAUGGAAGAAAAAUCCUCCCCACAGACCAGUAUUAGUAAUGAGCUUACAGAACAUUUAAGUAAUAAAGAAACUUUUGACCAGUACAAAAUUGUUACCAAUGAAGAGAAAAAAGCUAUUUCCAAAGAAAAUUGUGAUCCUUGUCUCACCACCAAUCAACGUUUUUUGGAAGACCUUCACUCUGCUGUAGACACAGAUUUACCAUUAUAUGCAGCAACACUUCACAGACAACAAAUCUUGAUUCUCAUCGACAGUGGAGCCAGUGCAAACUAUGUGUCACCCCGGAUUAAACACCUUGCCACAAAAGUCUCGAAUAUUCCUGGGCGAUCAGUUGAAACCGCUGGAGGGCAUAGCAUCAAAAUUAACCAGAAAGCCACACUUACACUUUCUCUUAAUGGUUAUACUGAUAUUGUUGAUGCUUUUAUUUUCCCCACUAAAUUCGAUUUGAUUCUCAGUUGCACAUGGUUACAGACUGCUAAACCUGUUCCUGAUUGGCAUUGA